AUGAAAAAUAUAAUAUUCCCAAAUUAUAUUCAAAAAAAUAUAAUUUCUAAAAUUAUUUAUGAUUAUUAUAAAAAAAAAAAGGAGUUAAUUGAAAAUCAAGAGAAAUCAAAUAAAGAAAAGUUUAUUUUUAAAACUUUAACAAGAGUGUGUUGGUAUUGGUUCACUACAAUAUCUAGUAGAAUUGAUAUAUUAGAUUAUAGAUUUUCAAAUAUUAUACCCAAUAAUAGUAAUAAUAAUAAAUAUUGUAUAAUAAAAAAAAGUAAUAUUAAAUAUUUAAUUAUUAAUCAAAAAAAGUUCAAACAUUCACAACAAUUAAAAGAAUAUAAUGAAAAAUUGAAUUUGCUAAUAAGAGAAUUAAAAUCACUAAAAAGAAUACUUAUUGAUGUAAUUUAUGAAUCAGAAUUUGUAAAAACAUUAAAAUUACCAAAUGAAAACAUUAUUAAAAUAACCAUUUCGAAUAUUUCAUAUUCUGAUUUAUUUCAAUUAUCUCAAAGAAUGAAAUUUAAAGAAAUCAUUCAAAUAAAACCACCAAUUUUAUCAAAUGAAAAUAAUCCUGAUGAUAAUGAUGAUUAUGAUGAUGAUAAUCAAUAUGAAAAGAAUAAAAAUGAUAAUAAUUUUUAUUCAAAUUUUAUAAAAUCAAGAAUUAAACCAUAUGGUUCUGAACAAGUUGAUCAUGUUAUAAGUGUAUCUCUUGAUAAAUUGAAAACAAUCUCACAAAAUCCGUACACGUAUUUAGAACUAUUAUCAAAGAUAAAAAUCGAUUAUUUUGAAUGUCACAUUUACUCAAUAAAAAAUUAUUUCAAUCAACAGGAUUAUCAAACUCAAAAUUUAUCAACAUAUUUUAUACCAUUCAAAGAGAUUUAUUUAAUUAAUCCAUUGGUUUUCAAUUCAAUAAAAGGUUACUCAAAUUCAAAUAUACCAAUUUCAAUUGAACAGUUAUAUUAUUUAUUAAAAUCAUCUCCAAAUAUUAGUUGUUUAUUUAUUGAUAUUUGUUUUGAUAAUUUAAUUUAUUUAAUUUUAAAUUAUAAUAAUAAUAAUAAAACAAAAGAAGAAGGACAACAACAACAACAACAACAACAACAAUAUUUACCUUGUAGAUUUUGUAAAAAUAAAUAUACUAAUAAUGAUUCAAUUGAACAAUGGAAUUUUAUUUAUAAUGAAAUCAAAAAUCAUAAAAAAUUAAAAAUAUUUUCAAUUUCAAAUGGAUGUUCUUAUGAUCCAAAUGAUUUAAUAGGCCGAUUUCAAGAAACUGAAUUUCCAACUCAAUUCAUUGAAAUCAUUGGCUCAAUGAUUUUAAAUAAUACAUCAAUUGAAACUUUAUUUUUUGACUUUUUUCAUACUACUCAGUUAUUAGAAUUCAUUUAUUUAAAAAAUAAUAAUAAUAUAUCAUACCCAAUUUCGAUUAAUAGCAACAACACUAAUAAUAAUAAUAAUAAUAAUAAUAAUAAUAAUAAUAAUAAUAAUAAUAAUAAUAAUAAUAUAUUAAGAAAUAAGACAAUUAGAAAUUUACAUUCUAAAUUUAGAAAUAGUUUAAAAAUAGAUAAAAAUAAAUAUCAAUUAAUUGUAAAUGAAAUAGUUAAAGAAAAUUCUCAAAUUCUUGAAAUUAAAGUAAAUGAGAUCGAUGAAGAUUUCAAUUAUUUAGAUGAAAUAGCAUCAUUUCCAAAAUUAUAA